AUGGAAAGCGAAGACAACGGCGAAGACUUGCCUAAGGGGUGGGAGAAGCGGAUCAGUCGGUCCACAGGACAGGUCUAUUACCUCAAUGUGUACACCAAAGAGAGCCAAUGGGAUCGUCCGACCGCUGAGGCCAACGCCAAAGACAACGAGAAGAUCCGCUGCUCUCACCUAUUGGUGAAACACUGCGAGAGUCGUCGGCCGUCUUCGUGGAGAGAGGAGAAGAUCACACGGAGUAAAGACGAGGCCAUAGAACUGGUGAACGAAUACAGACAACAGAUAGACUCGGGAGAGACGACGAUCGAGGAGUUGGCUCAGGAGGUGUCCGACUGCUCGUCGGCCAAAAAGGGCGGAGAUUUGGGUUAUUUCACGCGCGGAGCGAUGCAGAAGCCCUUCGAGGACUCGGCCUUUGGCCUCAAAGUCGGACAGAUGUCUGAUUUGGUGGAAACCGAUUCCGGCGUUCAUAUCAUUCUCAGAACCGCUUAG